CUGCGGGCCCCGACGGGCCUCCUUGGGCCUGAUCCAACGGCUCCGGGGCCCUCCUGAUGUUCUGUUCCUCUCCCCCUCUAGGCCUGGACCGCCCCAGCAUGAGGCGGGCGCCGCUGCCCAUCCUCGUGGCCUCGCUCCUGCUGGUGUCACACGCGGCUCUCGGAGUCAGGCCAGCGCCGGCCCUCGACGGCAGCGCCGAGCGCGGCUUGAGCCUGCGGCUGCGACUGCUGCUCCUGCUCCGGGGGGAGGACCCUGCCGCCGCCUGGCCGCCCCCGCUGCCGGCUCCGGGGCCCGACGGGGUGGCCCUGCUGGUGCGCUCGCUGCCGCGCUGGGGCCCCGACGGGGAGCUGCUGCGCCGCCGCCUGGCCGAGCGCCUGAAGCGCCGCGACCCGCCGCUCUCCAUCGACCUGACUUUCCACCUCCUCCGUCAGAUGAUGGAGAUCUCCCGGGCGCAGAGCCAGCAAGCCCAGGCCGAGCAGAACCGCCUCCUCUUCGACUCGGUGGGCAAGUGAGACCCGCACAGGCCGGCCGGCCCCGGACCGUCUUCGGUCUCCUCCGCCCGGCCCGCCCGCAGAAGGAGGCCGCCCCAGACCAGCCGCCCCGGGAGGAGAAGGCGCAGACGGGGCGCUCUUGGUGCGAUGAAGGGGGAGACGGAGCGCUUUUUUCGGCG